CUAGAACGAUUUCGAUACAUCUCGCCUUCCGCGCUCGAUGCGGUCCUCCUCUUAUGUGAGGGGUCUUUCAAAAAGCUCUUCAUCAAUAUGCCAGUAGAAACCCAAUGGAUAAAAAUGACAAGUCAUGACAACUCGCGCAUUUUACGCCCUUCCUCUCCAGCACUGCCUACGUCAAUCUUGGCUCCUGCAAAUCAGAGUUUGACCUAACUGGAGAUCAGUCACGGGUGUCAAAAAUAGAUGGAUCAUGAUGCUACAAGACUAGAGCCAAGUAGUUUUGCGGUGCUCAAAUAUCUCACGGCAACUGCGUUGUGUUUUGUUGCCUCACUUCCGUCUGGGAUUCCAAGGGAUGGAUUGUACAAGCUGCUGCCAAGAUCGCUGGAAAGAAUGCAGCUCGACUUCGGCUCUAAUGUUGGAAUAUUCUAUUCUGUGAAUAAAGGGGUAAUUGACAAGGUUGGACGGAGACAGUUUGUAAAAGAGAUGGAUCCACACUCUUAUAAAUGGAUUACCGAGCUUGCGGAGCAUAAAUCCGAUCACUUGCAGUUAGUUGCUCCAAGAAGUGGUAUUUUGCGAGGACAACAAUGGACACAGACAGAUAUUCAUAUUCCGAAAAACGGGACCCGCCCUUGCAUGUUGAUUGGGCCUAUUAUGAUACUGAUAUCGACUUAGCCCUUUAUGUUCGUUUGCCUCCAGCAAUCGCGCCAAGUAACCGUUGGACGCAUCCCUGAUCUUGGGAGGGCGCUGGCGAUGGAAGACAGAAUCGAUGGAGAAGUGAAAGAAAAUACCAUGGAAUCUUCCACUACGCGAACUGAGACUUGAAAGUG